AUGGAGUGGCAGUGGCUUAAGGACUGGUGGCGACUUAAAAGAUGGAGGACUAAAAAAGAAAAAGGACAGAAUGAGGAUGACUUUUGCUAUUGUGAUGAUUGUUUACCUGAUGGCGAAUUGGAUCUGUGCGAAUCCAUAGACCCGCACUGUGAUGGCGGGGGCAAGAAAGUGGUGGUCGGUGUAUGCGCCAUGGCCAAGAAGUCGCAGUCGAAGCCCAUGAAGGAAAUCCUUACUCGCCUUGACGAAUUUGAAUACAUCAAGAUGCUAGUUUUCCCUGAGGAGGUUAUCCUUAAGAAACCGGUUGAGGAAUGGCCUAUCUGUGAUUGUUUAAUCUCUUUUCAUUCUAAGGGCUUUCCUCUCGAUAAAGCAAUUCAGUAUGAGAAGUUAAGGAAACCAUAUGUUAUAAACAAUCUUCACAUGCAGUAUGAUAUUCAGGAUCGUAGAAGAGUGUAUGCUAUAUUAGAAGGUGAGGGUAUUGAGAUACCAAGAUAUGCUGUCUUAGAUAGAGAUUCACCGGAUCCAAAACAUCACGAGUUAGUGGAAUCGGAGGAUCACGUGGAAGUGAAUGGUGUUGUAUUUAACAAACCUUUCGUGGAAAAACCGGUGUCGGCGGAGGACCACAAUAUUUACAUUUAUUAUCCGACCUCGGCUGGUGGUGGAAGCCAGCGUUUGUUCAGAAAGAUUGGAAGUCGGAGUAGUAUAUAUUCUCCGGAAUCUAGAGUAAGGAAAACUGGCUCGUUUAUUUACGAAGAUUUUAUGCCUACAGAUGGAACAGACGUAAAAGUGUAUACGGUGGGGCCAGAUUACGCGCAUGCUGAAGCUCGCAAAAGUCCAGCCCUUGACGGCAAAGUGGAACGUGACUCUGAGGGCAAGGAGAUCCGAUAUCCUGUUAUUCUCUCCAAUCAAGAGAAGUUGAUAUCGAGAAAAGUAUGCUUGGCUUUUAAACAAACCGUUUGCGGUUUUGAUUUAUUGAGAGCAAACGGUAAGUCGUUCGUAUGCGACGUAAACGGUUUCUCGUUCGUGAAGAACUCGAACAAGUACUACGACGACUGCGCGAAGAUCCUUGGCAACAUGAUAUUGCGUGAACUGGCGCCCACUUUGCACAUUCCAUGGUCGGUACCCUUUCAGCUCGACGACCCGCCCAUAGUGCCUACCACCUUCGGCAAGAUGAUGGAACUGCGUUGCGUCGUUGCCGUCAUACGACACGGGGACCGCACACCUAAACAGAAGAUGAAGGUCGAGGUGCGCCAUCCGAGAUUCUUCGAGAUAUUUGAGAAAUAUGAGGGGUAUAAAAGAGGCCACGUUAAACUUAAGCGACCAAAACAAUUACAGGAGAUUUUAGACAUCUCUCGAGCCUUGCUAGCUGAUAUACACACACGUCACGCAGACCCUGAGAUAGAGGAGAAGCAGGGCAAGCUAGAGCAGCUUAAAAGUGUGUUGGAGAUGUACGGGCACUUCUCGGGCAUCAACCGCAAAGUGCAGAUGAAGUACCAGCCGCGCGGGCGGCCGCGGGGCUCGAGCUCCGACGACGGCAGUGUCGGGGAGCCAUCGCUCGUGCUGAUCCUCAAGUGGGGCGGCGAGCUGACGCCGGCCGGGCGCAUACAGGCCGAGGAGCUCGGCCGCAUGUUCCGCUGCAUGUACCCCGGCGGACAGGGACGCCACAUACCCGGUGAAAGUGGGACCCAAGGACUUGGCCUGCUUCGUCUUCAUUCAACGUUCCGACAUGACUUAAAGAUAUACGCAUCAGACGAGGGCCGAGUGCAAAUGACUGCCGCUGCCUUUGCUAAAGGCUUAUUGGCAUUAGAGGGAGAACUCACUCCUAUAUUGGUUCAAAUGGUGAAAUCUGCUAAUACAAAUGGAUUGCUUGAUAACGACUGUGAUUCCUCAAAAGUACAAAAUAUGGCGAAGGCGCGGCUGCACGAGGCCAUGCAGGUGGAGCGCGAGUUCACGGCGGAGGACCGCGCGUGCAUCAACCCGUGCGGCUCGCUCAGCAUCGCCGCCGCCAUGGACUUCGUCAAGCACCCCGUGCGCUGCUGCGCGCACGUGCACGCGCUCAUACAGCGCCUCGUGCACAUCGUGCAGCUCAAGAAGGACGACCACAAGACUAAAGAUACCAUUUUAUACCACGGUGAAACAUGGGAGCUGAUGGGUCGACGAUGGGGAAAAAUAGAGAAGGACUUCUGCACAAAGAACAAAACCUACGACAUAUCAAAGAUCCCAGACAUAUACGACUGCAUCAAGUACGACCUACAACACAACCAGCACACGCUACAGUUCGACCAAGCGGAGGAGCUCUAUAUGUACGCUAAGUAUUUAGCAGACAUCGUAAUACCGCAAGAAUAUGGCUUAACAAUGAAAGAAAAGCUGACGAUCGGUCAAGGUAUUUGCACGCCGCUACUAAAGAAAAUACGGGCAGAUUUGCAAAGGAACAUUGAAGAAUCCGGUGAAGAGACUGUCAAUAGGUUAAAUCCAAGAUACAGCCACGGCGUGUCGAGCCCGGGGCGGCACGUGCGCACGCGCCUGUACUUCACGAGCGAGAGCCACGUGCACUCGCUGCUCACCGUGUUGCGCUUCGGCGGCCUGCUCGACGUAUUGAAAGAUGAGCAAUGGCGACGCGCCAUGGAGUACGUGUCGAUGGUGUCAGAACUGAACUAUAUGUCGCAAAUUGUUGUCAUGUUGUAUGAGGACCCCACCAAGGAUCCUUGUUCGGAAGAAAGAUUCCACGUGGAGCUACACUUCAGCCCGGGCGUGAACUGCUGCGUGCAGAAGAACCUGCCGCCCGGGCCCGGCUUCCGGCCGCACAGCCGCAACCACUCCACCACCAACAACUCGAGCUCGUCAGAUGAAGUCAAAUGUAUCGAAGAAGAAGAAGGGGAAGACGAUCAGAUGGCGAGCCAGGAAACGCUGCAGCCAGAUAGCUUGGACGAUAUGGAUAACAUUUUCACUAAACUGUCUAAACUGAGACCUUCAGAUCCUAUCCCUAUAUGCAACCUGCACUACACGGUGAGCGGGCACGAGGCGUCAGCGCUGGCGGCGCGCCUCAACGCCGAGCUGCGCGCGCGCAGCCACGAGCCCGCCGACCCGCGCCCGCACUCACAGAGCGAAGAAAAGGAAUGUAAAUCAUCCGAGGAAUCGCAGCCGCUAGCGCGCAGUUAUGAUCAGCACAAACAAUCAAACGAUAACGGGCGGCGCCAGCGGCACAGCAUCGCCGGCCAGAUGAGCUACCUCAAGAUGUUGGGGCUGGGCGGCCGCGGGAAACUCACCGGCGCCGCGGGACUCUUCAGCACCGCCGUCAUCUCCGGCUCCAGUUCGGCGCCGAACUUGCGCAUCAUGAUCCCUGCCACCGCCGCCAACAACACGGCGCUGGAAGGUUUCGGCGGCGUGCCGGCGAUCCGGCCGCUGGAGACGCUGCACAACGCGCUGUCGCUGCGCCAGCUGGACGCGUUCCUGGAGCGCGUGACGGCCGCGCCCGCGCAGCUCGGCACGCCGCCGCACCCGCCCCCGCCCCCGCCGCCGCCCCCGCCUGCCGCCAAGCGCCACUCGCCCACCAACAGCACAGGCUGGAGUGGACCGUCGUCACUAAUGUCGUCGUCGGGCGAACUCACGAGUGGCGUGUCGUCGACCGGGCCCUCCUCGCCCACCUCUGCGCACGCUGACAACGUGCGCAAUGGUGACAGUAGCACUUGGAGUAAAAAUGUGCCGAGCAAACUCCCCCAGUGGGACGGUGAGGCGGCGACGUUGUGCCCGUCCGACGUCAGUCUGCUCCCAUUCAUGCCGCACAGCAAUGUAGCAGGUUCCUGUAUUAGCGGCGACGUGACUCCGGUGUCGGCAGCGUCCGAGCUGGAGUUCAACAGCAACGAGGCCACCGCCGGCUCCGGCACUGAUCAUGAGUUGCUGAGCGCAGAAGGUGAAGACGACGAAUAUACAUUAUCCAUAGACGCAUGUUCUUCUCCAAUGAGAAUAAUUAAAAAUGAUCUAACGCCACAUAGUCCAGCCUUGAAGCUAGACAGCUGCCAACCUUUGACAAGUAAUACCUCCACAGAACUAUAUGGACUAAGUUUACAACAAACUAAAGAAAACCUAUACAAAGAUAUGCCUUCCAGCAGUAAAAAUUAUAACAAUGAAACUGGUGUGAAAAAUAAGUGUUUUAUAGGAGAAAGUUCGCUCCAAUGGAGCAAUCUAGAAACGAUGAAUUUGCAAAAUAAAGAAAAAGAUAUGAAUAUAGUAAAAAGAAACGACAUUUUGAACAAUGGAAGUAGAAGAUAUAGCGAUAGCAGCGCACAGAAAAAUAAUCGCAAUUCACACGCGCUCGUUCCAGCCAGUAGGUUCACGACGACGUUAGUCGACGAGGAUCAGCUCCGAGCGAGCACAUCAAGCGAGAGUAAGUCGAAUAACAACUUGAAUGAUGCCAUUCGCGUCGCGCACAAUUCACCGAUAGUAACGAAGGCCAAAAAGUGUAACGUUAAACCUGGCUUCACGAUCAACGACGUCUAA